AUGGCUACCAUAUGGACUGCCUUGGUGGUAGUAGGAAAUACUCUCGAGGUGUACGACGAUCAAGCGCCGCGAUCUCUUGAUGAUCAAGUUAUGUAUCAGGAGUAUAGCGAUCUAGACACUGGACCACUUGCUGCCGAUCAGAAAAUUGGGAACGCAAUGAUAAGAGGUUAUACGUUAAGAGAACCUGAGGAAAACGGGGCAGUGUUAUUGUAUAAAAUUAUGCAAGGCUCACGACUAAGAGACGAAUUUCCAGGACAAUAUUACAGGUCGAUUCCAGAAUCCGUCGAUUAUAUAGAACUCUCACCAAAAACACCAGGAACCGUUGACACGAAGAUGACAGUGACAAAGCGAUUGACAGACGUCAUCAAACAAAGAGAGACGAAGAAUGCCUACAAAUCCAACAACCGUUAUCGACCACAGCAGAAGUGGAAGACCAAAAAGGGUAAGGUCACAGGUUCGCAAAUGAUCUGCUACUUCAAGCUGUGCACGUUCCGGUCACCCUCCUAA